GGCGACUUGGCCAAGAAGAAGAUCUACCCGACCAUCUGGUGGCUCUUCCGGGAUGGCCUCCUGCCCGAUGACACCUACGUGGUGGGCUACGCCCGCUCCCAGCUCACUGUGGCCGACAUCCGCAAGCAGAGCCAGCCCUACUUCAAGGUGGAGCCGGAUGAGCAGAAGAAGCUGGAGGAGUUCUUUGCCCGGAACAGCUACGUGUCAGGGACCUAUGACGACAGCACCUCCUUCCGGCGGCUGAACGCCCACCUGGACGCACUGCACAACGGGGACAAGGCCAACCGGCUCUUCUACCUGGCACUGCCCCCUAGUGUCUACGAGCACGUCACCCGCAACAUCAAGGAAUGCUGCAUGGGCCACGGGGGCUGGAACCGCAUCAUCGUGGAGAAGCCAUUCGGGAAGGACCUGGAGAGCUCCAACAAACUGUCCAAUCACAUCGCGUCGCUCUUCCGGGAGGACCAGAUCUACCGCAUUGACCACUACCUGGGCAAGGAGAUGGUGCAGAACCUCAUGGUGCUGAGGUUCGGGAACCGGAUCUUCGGCCCUGUGUGGAACCGGGACAACGUGGCCUGCGUCAUCCUGACCUUCAAGGAGCCGUUUGGCACAGAGGGGCGGGGCGGCUACUUCAAUGAGUUCGGGAUCAUCCGCGAUGUGAUGCAGAACCACCUGCUGCAGAUGCUCUGCCUGGUGGCCAUGGAAAAACCGGCUUCCACAGACUCAGACGACGUGCGGGAUGAGAAGGUGGGUCGCUGCACAGGGACCAA